AUGGAGUACACCUACAUAACUCCUACUGCAUAUGAGUCGGGGAUGGACACCGGCCGAACUUCUAGCCGCUCCACGGAGUUCAGUUCCUGCAUUCAUCAUAAUCUUUUGACUUAUGAACGAGGCGUCCACGAGAGGCGCAAACAAAGGCGCGUCCGCACCAUCUUCACCAGCUCUCAGUUGAAAGGUCUUGAGCGUGUGUUCGCACAGACUCAUUAUCCCGAUAUCUACACGCGUGAGGAGCUCGCGCUGGAGAUUCAUCUUACCGAAGCUCGAGUUCAGGUCUGGUUCCAGAACAGACGUGCUAAAUUUCGCAAACAGGAGCGCGCAGCCACGUGGGUUGCGACAUCCCUGAAAGUGCACAGACCGUUUUCUCCUGAGAACUCCAAAACGAUGACAAUUCCAGACCCAGACAGCACACAAUGCACCCUUGCACUAACCCAAGACCAAAAAGAGGCCAGCAGUCUCAGAAAGUGCCAGCCUUAUGAAGAAAUGCCCUUAAGGAUUUCUUCUCUUGAUGCGCAGUGA